CGCCAACCUCGAGGCAACUCUGGCCUCUUCCCAGUCGCUUCGCCGAUAUUUCCUCACUACCUGGUCCUGCCGACGCAUCUCUGAGCACCCAGAAGUCUGCCGGUCCCCCUUUGGUGAACAACGACGUUCCUGAUGAUGCCCGCCGCUUUGCGCUAGCGACCGUGGCGCCACUUUCAGUCCAGCACUUCCCUGCAGAAACAUGGUUCAUGAUCCUGACAGGCCUCAUACCAACAACGUCUUCGUCCGCUUCAGACACUCUGUGGAUGACACUAUCCGUCGCGGCAUUGACACCGUCUCGCACCGCGCGCAGCAGCCCUCCAGCCCAGAGCAGUCCAGCUCGGCUCAUCCGCGACAAGGUCCAACCACUCCAUCUUCCAGCCCGAGUCCAAAGACAGACGCGCUUGUCAUAUACCCCAGUCCUGGCCGAGUACGACUGGUUGACCUCGACCCACCCGUGCAAGAAUCAUCAACAGCGGCUGCGCCCACCACGAGCAUGUCGUCAACACAACCAGAAUCGGCCGUCGCUGUGCCGGCCAACGAUUUUGACAACUUCGCAGACCCAGAGUUAUGGGCUCGUCACUCACCCUACUCCCCCUUUAACCUGCAACAUCUUCCCCAGCCAGUUCCCCGGGAUGUCAGCCAGACCCAAGGCUACAACGACUUCACCUUUCGCGAUGCCUUCGAGGAUCUCAUGCUUGUCAGCUCAGGUCGGCCCCUGCCGCGAGGCCCCGAGUUGCUGGCCAACAAACUCCAUGUAGACUUCAUGUUCGCGCAUGGCAUGCCAGUGUCGAAUUGGGUACGGAUGCUGAGUGUCCGUGGCUUGUGGGCGCCGUACUUCCCACAGCACCCCAAGCUCCACAGCUGGGAGCAUCUCGGCUUGGGAGACGAAAUCGCCUCGAUGCUUAUGGACUGGGGCCUUGACGGACGGUGGCUAACAGGCUUCACCAAGCACCAGGGCCGAUCCCCUGAUGAGAGGUUCUCCACCUCCAAGAAGGAGACCGAUUCGGGUGAGCAGCAAGGUAGUCCUCAGCAGCACCCAGACACCGAGGAGGACCUUUACGGAGACGCAAGGGAGAACACGGGUGACACACAACCGCGUCAUGUGUCACCGUGGGACCUAAUGUUCGAGGCACUCAAUGAAGCUCGCACUCAUCAACCCCGUUCCCAGUCUACAGAAUCAUCAACAGACUUGACCCGCACAGACAAUGCUCUGAAUGGAGACGCUCCGAAGGAGACAGAGGAGACAGACUCUCGCAAGACUUGGGAUGGCGGUAGAGUUGACACAGUCCGGAAGCGACGUGAGCACAAUGGUCAAGUCGAGACAACCGAGACACGGCUCAGAUACGAUGCCGACGGCAACCUGGUUGGCAGGUCCGAGUCGACCAAGAUCAAGACUUCCACUUCGGCAUCGGGCUCGGAGAGUGAUGAAGAAUUCUCGGGAUCAUCGACUUCUUCUUCGUCGUCCCAAUGGAGUCGGACCUGGAAGUGGGGACAGGAUGGUCCUCGUCGCUGGAAGCGCGAUAAACAUGACGUCCAGCACGACGAGCAUACCGGAUUCGAAGCUGACGACGGCGACGGCAAAUCAGGGCACCGGAAACCCAGUGGGUGGUUCUGGACGAAGUGAUUUACGAUAAUCUUGAUUUUCUAAUUGCUUGUUCAUAUUUGUUUCAUUGCUAGUCUCUACUCACCCAUUGUCAGUUGAGCACCAUGUACAACUUUAGGUAUAACUACAACGUCCGCAAUUUCUGGAUUAAUUGCAUUCAAAUUUUGACCCGUU